GCGGAGAAUCCCAGAUUCCGUCCUUCCUUUUGUUGGGUGAGGAGCGCCAGACCAACGCGUCCACAAAGGCUUUGCAAAGAAGCUGUCAGGCUGUCCACGCUCGGCUCCAGCCUCUGUGAAUGUCACACCACAGAAGCUUGUGCCUCCAUGAUGGAUAAACAUACUCCUGACCCAGCAGUGAGAGGACCUGCAGGAGCACCCAGGGAAGGGGAGCAGCCCAUACCUAGGGCUGCCCACACCCCAAGGGAGCCAGCCAAUCAACAACCAUGUGUGGAGACUAGGGAAGUGCCUGCUCCAGCCUCCAGCAGGACAGGCAUGGAUGGGAAGAAAUGCAGCGUGUGGAUGUUUUUGCCUCUUGUAUUUACUUUGUUCACUUCAGCUGGGUUGUGGAUCGUAUACUUUAUAGCUGUGGAAGAUGACAAAAUUUUCCCAUUAAAUUCAGCUGAAAGGAAACCUGGUGUGAAGCAUGCGCCAUACAUAAGUAUUGCAGGUGAUGACCCGCCUGCAAGCUGCGUGUUUAGUCAAGUCAUGAACAUGGCGGCUUUCCUAGCCCUUGUGGUGGCUGUACUGCGCUUCAUACAAUUGAAACCAAAGGUUUUAAAUCCGUGGCUGAAUAUUAGUGGAUUGGUGGCACUGUGUCUGGCUUCCUUUGGAAUGACCUUACUUGGUAAUUUUCAGCUCACUAAUGAUGAAGAAAUCCAUAAUGUCGGAACGUCCUUGACCUUUGGAUUUGGCACAUUGACCUGCUGGAUCCAGGCUGCAUUGACACUCAAAGUCAACAUCAAGAAUGAAGGGCGGAAAGUUGGAAUUCCACGAGUUAUUCUUUCAGCAUCUAUUACUCUUUGUGUGGUCCUCUACUUUAUCCUCAUGGCUCAAGGCAUCCACAUGUAUGCAGCCAGGGUUCAGUGGGGCCUGGUCAUGUGCUUCCUGUCUUACUUUGGCACCUUAGCUGUGGAGUUCCGGCAUUACCGUUACGAGAUUGUUUGUUCUGAAUACCAGGAGAAUUUCCUAAGCUUCUCAGAAAGUCUUUCUGAAGCUUCUGAAUAUCAAACCGACCAGGUGUAAAACCCAUUAGUUUUUCUUGGUGGUGAGGUGGGUGUGAGUAGGGGAGGGGCCAGGACACACUCACAGGACUUGUCACAUAACCUCAUGACAUGUUUUACACACACACACACACACACACACACACACGUUCAUGGCCACAUUUGCCAAAAAAAGCUUUUCAGGGCGAGAUAUUACGGAAAAAGCACAAGCCCUAUGUGUCAAAUUACACACUAUUUCACUGAAAAUAUAUGCACGACAGGGCAAGAAACUUGUGCAUGAUGACCUCUUCCCCUCUCCCAAGUCACCCUGCUCUUCUCAUUCUCCUCACAUAUUUCAGACAGGAUCACCCUACCAUAGCAUAGGGCAGGCCAAAUGUAAUAUGGGAAUAAUGCCAACUCCUAAAGUUGCCUUCAGUUCCAAAGGGCUUGGAACCAGCUCAUCAGGAAAUUCUGAAUCCGGCACUAAUACUCUUGAAAGGAUAGAGUAUCAUCUAAUAUGAAGGAAACCAUUUAGAGAUAUGACCCUGCACAACCUACGGAAAGACAGAGAAGAGGAUCAAGGAAAGAACUUUCCCACAAAAACUCUCAUCGUUGUCCAGUGGCUGGCUGUGUGGAUUCCAUGGAAGAACAUGCUGCACACUGCUGAGAACGAAGCCUAUCACCAUGAUUUGAAUUUGAUUUACUGUGAAUGAAAAAUGUUUCCAAAUGUGAAUAUUUGUGGGGACAUGGUAUGCCAAGCAUGGAACAAGAUGGGAGUGGCCAGGAUCUGGUUUCAUUUUUGCUUCCAUAGUAUGCUGAGUACAGUUUUUGCUUCUUUUUUUUCUUCAAGUAACUACCAUGGGUCUUUCGAGGCUUCAUGGAUAAAGAUGUAGAUCACAGGCAAGAGCUGAGCUUAUUUGGGUUCAACCAAGAUUUUUAAAGAAAAGGUCACCUGCAGGCUUAAUUUGUUCUUCUGGUGUUUAAAGCUAAGAAAAUGCUUGCAGAAAAUCAUGCAGAAUUAUGUGUGGAGGUAAUAAAAGAGCUCCUCUUGGACAUUUAUAAAAGAUAGGAAUUUUAGAGCAUCUUGUUGCAAGACUUUAUUAAUAUGUAUCUAUAGCCUAAGUUUAGUAUUAUUUUAUGGAUUAAGAGCUUUUCAUACUUGGAAUUUGUAGAAGCCAAUUAAAAGAUUACCUUCCCCUCCCAAAACAAAUUGGGGUGGCUCUGCUGCCUAACAUAUAGUCCCAGCCUCUAAGAGCUGAGGACUCAAACACUAGGCCUGAACUAUUGAGCUCAUGCUUCAUAGAAAGAGCAGGAUUCUGAAUUCAAGAUAGUUGGAGUGGGGCAGUUUGCCCUCUGUGAGUACACUUUGUUUCAAGAAGUCACCAAAUUUACUUUAGGAGCCUGGGAUUUGUGAAAAUGUGAAAAACAUUGUUUUCUAAAUUCAAUCCAAAGUCUGAGCUUUUUGAAGAGGAGGGGUCUAUGACUUUUCAUCUCCGUAUUUAUCCCCACCUCCUAACACAGUGCCUGGCACAUAUUAGGUGCUCAAAAAAUGUUGAAUAGAAGUAUUAGUAAUGUAAAGGUAAAAAAAAGGAGUAAGAGGAAGCUCGAAGAUGAUUAAGAGAAAAUACAAGGUGACUUUCGUGUGAGAUGAAAAUGUCUAAGAAAUUGUGAAUAAGGGUCAGAGGGAGGCGUGAGAAUACUGGCAAAGGAGAAAUCAAAAGAAGCAGAGUAUUCUCCCAUUAAAAAGGCAUCUUAUUGUAAAUAGUCCAAGGUGACAUUUAUUAUUUUUGAAUACUGCUUUUGGGUUUUUUUCAUUUUAUAUUUUAAAAAUUUUAUCAGAGAACAAAGAUUUAUGAAGUUUUCUUUCACUCAACACAAUCCAAAUUAAAGAGCUUUGGUGAUGCACUGUACACUUUCUUAAGAGUAUCUUGUAGCAUAUUUUAGCAGAAUCAAGCAAUGACUGGCAUUAUUCAUUGGGAUCUGACCACUAAAUAAAAUUCUUUU